ACAAAAGGGAGCGGCAGUGCAAGCUCUGAAAGUAAGGCACUUUAACAGUUUAUGCGUUCCACUUCUAUUCAGGAACGAGUUUAAAAGGUGUUGUUGAGCAUUCUUUCUUAUAUCAACACUGCUAGCAACCGCAAUCUCGUUCGCAUCAGCAGCAGGCGAAGCGUGUUCGGCAACACAAAAAUGUCCAAAAGAUAGUCCUUGUUGCGGAGUUGGUGGAACGUGUGGAAGUGGAUCAUUUCAAUGUGCAGGUGGUUGUCAACCGAUGAUGUCUUUUGCGCCUUCUUCUUGUUUACCAAACCCGAUCUGUCAAGAUAAAAAUAUCACAUUCGCACCAUCCGAUUACAAUAAUUCACAUCAAUUUUGGCCAAUUUUAUUAUACAACGGUAACUCGAGUAAUGCACCUUUUACCUUGGAUUACGGCUAUUUGGGUAAAGGUCCAGAAGGUGUCUUACUCGAACUUACAGAACAAAGUCAAACAAAGAUUUCUACAACGGAUUAUAUGUUAUACGGAAACAUUCAACUUUCAGCAAGACAUAAUGCAUUAGCAGGUUUAGUUUUUGCCUUUAUCACCAUGAGCGAUAUCAAAGAUGAAAUCGAUUGGGAAUUCACAACAGCAAACGCAGAAGACGCUCAAACGAAUUACUUCUCACAAGGAGUGACGGUAAAAGGAAGUGCACAAUCAAUCAAUGCUUCAUCUAGCGUUUCUGAUUGGCAUACAUAUGGACUUAAUUGGCAAGAAAAUCAAUUGCAAUGGUCGAUCGAUGGAAAUGUGGUUAGAACAUUAACCAGAAGUCAAGCAGGUACAAAUUAUCCAAGAAGUCCAAGUAGAGUUCAAAUUUCCGUUUGGGCAGGUGGUAAUUCAACCAAUCCUCCCGGAGUUAUCCAAUGGGCAGGAGGUGCUAUAGAUUGGACCAGCAGUGCAUACACAAGUCCAGGUUAUUAUUCGGCUGAAAUCCGAUCUUUCCAAACGACUUGCGCCUCUCAAUCAAACCUCAAUGAAACCACAGUUGGAAACGGAAAUACAACUACUUCAUGGGUAUACACCGGUCAAAUGAGCGAUAAUGAGCCUCAAUUUGCACUUUCAAAUGAUCCAAUUUCCUAUCUCGCGUCACCUCAAGAUGAUGCUCCUCCCGGUCUGCCUGGCUACUCUGUUCAAUCUGCUUUCACCAAGUCGAACAGCAACGCAUGGGAUGGAUCAGGUGAUACGUCUGGUUUAUCCCAGAAAGACGUUACCGGAAAAGGUUCAACCAGCAAUAAUCUCAAUAGCUCAGGUGGAUGGUUAGCCAAUAAUCGAACAUUGAGUAUCGCAGUUCCAGUCGUUGCAGGUGCAAUAUCUUUAGCUGUCAUGUGGGCAUUAUGCGUUUGUCUUUUCCGACGUUACAAGAAAAGAGAAAAUGGUAAUAACGUUUUAGCAAACAGUGGAGUUCCAUUGAAGGAUGGUAGUGUAGGUUUCAAUAACAUUAACUCUUCCUCCAAUAAAGGUACACGCUAUGAAGCCUUAUACGAUGACGAAGAUGAAGCAAGUGAAAAUGAAGCAAUGUAUGCAGAUCCUACUCCUAUGGGCGCACAACGGGUUGGAAAAGGGUAUGGACCAGCUUCUGGCCCUAGACCAGGUCCGAUGAACCGUCAAGAAUGGUCAGAUUCAUCUAGUUCAUUGUAUGGUGCAGACGAAUAUGCCAUGAGUGAGCAGAAUUUAGGCUAUGCUCAAUCACCGCAACGAUUCCAGCAACAAACUCCGCAAUUCCAACCACAAUUCCAACAACAAAUGCCACAAAGACAACCACCGCAGCAAAUGCAAAGACAACCACCACCGCAACCAAUACCACAAAGUCCGCAAUAUCAACAAAGAAGAUAUCCAGCUUCGCCUGCGAUCAAUCAAUUUGCCACGCCCGGUACACCAGGCACACCUUUUACACCUUAUCCGAACGGAGGCGUUCGAGGACCUUAUACUCCCGGCAUGAAUGCUUAUACGCCUGCUCUUCAUCAAACGCCCGCUGCUUUACAGGCCAGCUUUGCACCUUCUCAAGUAAACUAUAAUCCACCUCAAAGGAUGAACGGAUAUGAUCAACAAUGUCAACAAUCUUAUCAGAGGCAGCAACAACAACAACAACAGCAAUAUCCGCGAUACCGUUAAGAUGAACAAUUUUUUUCUUUACGGUUUGAACAAUUCCUUAUCUCUUUAUUUUAAAUGGACACUAUUUCUUUUUAAUUUUCUCAUUCUUUUUAUGUAUUUUUACCAUUCAAUUUUAUUGAUUAACAAGACCCGGAUCCGAU